AUGAUGAUGAUGAUGAUGCCUAUGCCUAUAACGAUGAGGCAAAUCUCGUCCACCAUCCCGUGUCCCAUCUGUACACAUCGUACAUUGUACCGGAUGACAGAUGGAGGAUCCCAUAUCUGGCCGGACCUUUGCCAAAUGAUCAAUGCUCAUAUUCGGAUCUCGCACUGCUGGGCUUUUGACUCCAACUGCUCCAACCGGUCAUCGUUCGUCAUCGUCAAGUCUAGUGCACAGGCCCCCAAGAGCUGA